CCAAGAAAUCAGCGUUUGGAAAUUGCAAUAUUUCCGUCUACCACAUACAAUUAAAAUAGCGAAAUUAUCGAAAGAAUGACAAUAUGAGUCGAGUCAUUUUUCGGUCAUCGAUAUGAAUGAAAGUGUAUCUAGCGGCUAUUAGUCGAUCUAUUUGAAACAUAUGAACCAUGUUACCAGUGACAAUUAUGCAGUCAUAUAAUUAGAUCAAUUGAACAAAGUGUAAAUAUGCGAGUGCUACAACAAACACACAAUAUUAAGGACGCUGACAGUCCGAAGGGCGGGCAAACAUGUUUUGGGUGUUUACCACCUAUCCGUGUCUUCAGAAGAGACCGACGUUUGCACAAGGAGGCACCAGAUGAAGAAACACGCAUUGUGAUACUGCAUGAAAAUAUAAAGGAGGAAUUCGAGGCAACAUUACGGACAUACGAAAGAAGACAAAAGGAUGGCAGCAGAUACUACAGACAUUUUCUCAUUGACAUUUUAGAAAAUGGUCCAGCAGGACUGAUGAGAAUAGAAGACUAUGAUGAAUUAUUGGUUUUGGAUGAUGAUGAGGUUCCAGACAAAUCGCACAAUGAAGUUCUUGGCUUAUUUCGUAAUGUCAAGGUCGAUGGACAAACCAGAUUUGCCUUGGUCAUACGUAGAAAACCGACGCGCAAAUGGAUUUGGAUUGAAACAAGUGCCAUUCUUGCUCCAGGAUCUCCGCCGAUUUCUGAGGGCCAACCUGUGGUAGAAAAGGCGAAGUUUAAGAAAUCAGACAAUAAAUAUGUUGAAAUGACAACCAAAAACCGCUACAAAAUCCGCGGAACACAGCUUUUCUUAGACAUAAAAAAUCAACAAGUUACUGCUGAUGUUGCAUCUGGAACGGUUAACGACAGUACAAAAAUAAUUUGUAAGCACGAAAGGUACUGGCAGGACUGUGAGGGACAAGUUUACUUUGAUGCAGCACUUUGCGACGAGAGUGGUAAGAACUAUAUCGGUGUUGGCUCCAAAAAUGAGAUAAUCGUUAAGAAUGAACCUGAAUGGUUUCAGAUGCAGAAGACUGCUAGUGACAUAAAAUUUAAAGUAAAAGAAAAAGACUUGUACCUUGGAUAUAACCGGCAACAUGAUCAAGUGGAUGCCCAGCCGUCUGAAUUCUUCUUUGAAGAAAUUCCUGGAGACGUUGAACUACCUAAACCAAGAAGCCAAUCUCCAUCAAGUGACAAUGUUUCAUCUUCUCGGAGUAGUGCUUCGUCAGACGACGAAGAAUCACCAAAGGAUAAACUUAUUUCAGCUCUUGGCAGUUGCCACAUCUCCGCCAGUGGCAUGCAUCUUAAAAGAGCGCAUGAAAAGAAUGACACUAAAAGUCAGCUCAUAUGUUCGUCAUUCAAUUUCAGCGACAGUGUAUCUAGUGGUUAUCUGUCGAUACAUUUAGAGCAGAUGGACCCUCUUUCUGUUGACAAUUAUGCAGCCAGGUCACUUGAUAAACUGGACACAAUUAAAGUAUAUGCGAAGCGCAAAGAAACGACUGUUUAAUUUAGCGUUUGCGAUACAUGUGUGCAUUAUGAAAUAUAUUUUUAUAAGAAUGUGUAUUAUUAAAUGCAAGAUAUGGUAUUUUUAUUCUAAACAAUGAUUCUACUGAUAUCUGUAUUAAUUAUUUGAUGUAAAGAAAUGCAAAAUAAAAUCGAGAUACUUA